AGGAAGCACAUAAUAAGCAACAGUAAGGUUUUCAUCAAAACACCUCUGAGGAUUUUCAUUAGGGUUUUCAAACAGUGAACUAAGUUUUUUGAUAACAUUUCACUUCUUACGUAUUGCAAAAGGUGGAAAAAUGGCAGUCGUAGUGAAUCCUGAAGGUGGCAAGGACUUCCCUGCCAAGCUCACCUUCCAGGUUCUUAUUUGUAGCAUCAUUGCAGCUUUUGGUGGUCUCAUGUUUGGCUAUGAUAUUGGCAUUUCAGGAGGGGUAACUUCAAUGGAUGAUUUCCUGGAGAAAUUUUUUCCAACGGUUUAUGUGAAGAAGCAUAGAGCAAGAGAAGACAAUUAUUGCAAAUUUGAUAACCAACUUCUUCAGCUUUUUACAUCUUCACUCUACCUUGCUGCCAUUGUUGCUAGUUUUGUUGCCUCUGUCAUGUGCAAGAAAUGGGGAAGAAAACCCACCAUUCAAGCUGCCUCUGUCUUCUUUCUCAUCGGGGCCGUCUUGAAUUAUGUUGCAAAGGAUCUUGGCAUGUUGAUUGCUGGAAGGAUUUUCCUAGGAGCUGGAGUCGGAUUUGGUAACCAGGCAGUGCCAUUGUUCAUAUCAGAAAUUGCACCAGCAAAGCAUAGAGGAGGGCUCAACAUAUGUUUUCAGUUGUUAAUCACAAUAGGAAUUCUGACCGCUAAUAUCGUUAACUAUUUUACUUCAAAGAUUCAUCCACAUGGUUGGCGAUAUUCGCUAGGUGGUGCAGCAGGCCCUGCUAUAAUCCUCCUCAUUGGCUCUCUCGCAAUCUCUGAAACCCCAACUAGCCUUAUAGAGAGAGGAAAACAUGAACAGGGUAAAAAGGUUCUGAAGAAAAUUAGAGGCGUUGAUGAUGUUGAAGAAGAAUUUUCAGAAAUCCUGAACGCUAUUAACUUGGCAAAACAAGUUAAAAACCCUUGGGGAAAACUCAUGAGUACCACUUAUAGGCCCCAACUCUUCUGUGGAACAAUUCUUCAAAUCUUUCAGCAGUUUACAGGCAUCAACGUUGUCAUGUUUUAUGCACCAGUGCUUUUUCAGACUAUGGGAUUGGGCGGCGAUGCUUCGCUGUUAUCCGCUGUGGUCACUGAUUCUAUCAAUGUGGUCGCCACAUUGAUUGCAAUUGCGUGUGUUGAUAAAGUUGGAAGAAGGUCUUUGCUUAUACAAGCUGCUGUUCAGAUGUUCAUUGCCCAGACUGUAAUGGGAGCAAUUCUUGCAACUCAGUUGAAAUCUACAAACAUGAUACCAAGGAGUUAUGCUUUAGCUGUACUCGUCCUGAUAUGUGUAUUCGUCUCUGGCUUUGCAUGGUCAUGGGGUCCCUUGGGAUGGCUAAUUGCCAGUGAAAUCUUCCCACUGGAGACUCGGAGCUCAGGAUUCUUUUUCGCUGUCAGUAUGAACAUGUUCUGCACAUUCAUAAUUGCUCAAGCGUUCCUGACAAUGCUAUGCCAUCUGCGAUACAUGACCUUCUUCUUCUUUGCUGUUUUUCUUUUUGUUAUGGGUCUUUUUGCCUACUGCAUACUGCCUGAGACAAAGGGUGUCCCCAUUGAUGAAAUGAAUGAAAGGGUAUGGAGCAAACACUGGUUUUGGAAGAGGUACUACAGGGAUUGUAAUACUGGCAAAGGAGCUCAGGAAAUUGAAGAUAAUCCAUGACUUCCAUAUAUAGCCUAAGUAAUUUGCCGCUGCUUUCAUGGUUACUGAUAUUCUGAUCUAAUCUCCAUUGUUUUGAUCUUUUCUUGGAGUCAGAAAGUUUGUUUGCAACUAAAUUUCAUGUAGCCUGGGGGGUUUUGUCCUCCAUGAUUUUCUUGAAUUAUAUAAAAGUUCUAGCUUUGAAUCA